UUGCUAAUGGCCAGUACUGUAGUUAGCCUUUUUUCAAUAGUCCUGCUUUGCAUAACAGCAGCUCAAGGGAGGAAAACAUUUCACCUAAAUAAUGAGUGGCCAACAUCCUAUGCACUUAUUAAUGAUGUUGAUGGUAUAUGCAAAACAAUGGUAGAGACACAAGGUUACACAUGUGAAGAACACAAGGUCACAACAGAGGAUGGCUACAUCCUGAGUUUGCAGAGAAUGCCAAUGGGGCGGUCAGGUGAGAAGGCCGACAAGCCGCCGGUGCUAUUACAACAUGGUAUCUUUAGUGAUGCUACAACAUGGCUGAUCAAUUCUCCUGAUGAAUCUUUGGGAUUUAUCUUAGCAGAUAAUGGGUACGAUGUGUGGCUUGCCAAUGUUCGUGGCACACAAUACAGCAAUGGCCACACGUCACUUAAUCCUAAUGACAAGGCUUAUUGGGAUUGGUCGUGGGAUGAAUUGGCUGGUUAUGAUCUUCCAGCUUUUGUGCAAUAUGUGUACAACUAUACUGGUCAGAGAAUGCACUAUGCAGGUCAUUCCUUGGGAACUUUAAUGGCUUUAGCUGCUUUGUCUCGAGGGCAAGAGCUCAACAUGUUGAGAUCAGCUGCAUUACUUUGCCCAAUUGCUCACAUGAAUCAGAUUACAUCAUUACCAACAAAACUUGCUGCUGACAUAUUUAUAGCUAAUGACAUAUAUUGGUUAGGAAUCAGUGAAUUCAAUCCAAACGGGGGUGCUGGAUCAAAUUUUGUGGAAGAAAUCUGCAAUAAACUAAACUUGAAUUGCGCAAAUCUAAUGUCACUUGUCACAGGUCCAAACUGCUGCUUAAAUUCAUCCAAAACAGUUAUCUCUUCUGAGCCAACAGCAACUAAGAAUUUGAUCCAUCUAUCUCAAAUGAUCAGAACUGGAAAAAUAGCUAAGUAUGAUUAUGGUGAUCAAGGAGAAAAUAUGAAGCAUUAUGGGCAACCAAUUCCUCCUCCUUAUGUAAUGACAAAAAUUUCAAAUGACUUCCCUCUUUUUCUCAGCUAUGGAGGCCAAGAUAUGCUAUCUGAUUUAAACGAUGUGCAGGUUUUGCUCAAUGACCUCAAAGAUCAUGAUAAGAACAAACUCGUGGUGUUGUUCAAGAAAAACUAUGCUCACCUUGAUUUUGUUAGGGCUGUCAAUGCUAAUCAAAUGGUCUAUGAUCCUAUGAUGGCUUUUUUCAAGAUUAAUUGA